GGGCUUAUUUCAUACAUCUGGCUGAGCCAAGAACAUGAGGUGCCGUUUACACUGAGCAAAAAUGCGCUAGCCGGUUUGCCUAAUUUUACAAUCCCCGAUUUUUCGGUGGUUACACCCGAGAAAACCUACACAUUUUUGGAUAUGUUAGCUGAAUUGAAUGUUGGUAUUGUUGUAAUACCCAUCGUUGGAAUACUCACCAAUAUCUCGAUUGGUAAACUGACUCCUAAGGGCAUGGUUGACGCUAACAAGGAAUUGAUCACCGUCGGUCUCUGCAAUCUUGCCGGUUCCUGCGUACAAUCUAUGCCCGUAUCAGGCGCCUUCUCGCGUUAUGCCAUCAGCAACGCUUGUGGACUCAGAACUCCAAUGGCCAACUUGUACCUGGGUGUAAUUGUGCUACUGGCUUUGGGCUUUCUCAGUCCCUACUUCAACUACAUACCCGAAUCAACGCUUGCCGCCAUUUUGAUGUGCUCCAUCGUAACCUUGCUGGACCUGCAGCUACCACGGCGUUUGUGGCGCGAUGCUAAGCGUGAUUUCUGCGUGUGGGUGCUGUGCUUUACUGUCUGCAUCCUAUGCGGCGUGGAAGUGGGCCUGCUAGUCAGUAUUAUAGUGACAGUAUUACAUUUACUAUUCCUAUGGGCGCAUCCUGUGAUCUCAGUGCAUGUAGAAGAGGUAAAUGAGCUACAAUUCAUACGCGUCACGCCCACUGGCGUCAUCUAUUUCCCCGCCAUCAAUCAUUUGCGCGCCAAAGUGCUGAAAGCGUGCGAACGCGUCAACUUCAGUCUACCUGUGGUUAUGGAUUGUCAUAAGAUCACCGGCAUCGAUUUUACUGCGGCGCAAGGGAUCUCAAAACUUCCAGACGAUUUGACUCAAUCGGAAGUGGGCAGUGGACCGCUCCUCAUCAUAUACCGGCUAGAAGCGGAAAAACAGAAACUAAUACAAGCCACUGACAAGCUGAUCUUCUGUAAUGACGAUGUGAAGCUGGAAGAAUGCAUAACGCAAGAAUCAUUGAAGAAUGGGAAUUUCGUAAUGAAAGAACCUAUGAAAUCUACAAAUAGUCUGCUAGGCGAGACCCAUUUAGAUUUGCAUUAUUAGAGUAUAGUGUAGGUAGGGAAAAAGAAGAAGAAGAAGAAGAAGCGGAUGGGGAAGGGGAAGAGAAGGAACAUUGCAAGUGAGUCUUUGUGAUAUGUACGAAAAUAUAAAUAGUAAGUAACUGUUAAUUGGGACAAAUGAACACUUGCAGACUUAGAAAAGUGCAUACAUACACACAUUAGUAGGUAUGUAUUUUAGUAUGUUUGUAGGUACUCGUAUGAAUGGACGCGUACUAGAUAAUAGCUAGUAAAAAGUAAGCUAGUUGUUAUAUAAUAUGUACAUACAUAUGUAUGUCAUGUGCCAUUAUUGUUGUUGUUAUUGUUGUCGACGCCGUAGCCAGAGAGUAUUGGAAUGUUUGUGCGCCCCCAAUGUGCAAAUGUUCACUUAGUUUGUAAUUUCAGAUUUAACAA